GGGUCCACUCGCGUGGUCUAUCCACCUUGGGACCAUUUUGACCCGUGAGUCCUCUCAUGGGUCAAAAGGUCAGACGAGCUCGUGCCUCGAGAGAAACUUUCAAUUUCACUCCACUGACCUGAUUUCAACUCCUAUACCAUGUCCCCAGUAGCUACUGAUAUUGCCAAAGACACUCGACUGCCAGUGACCCUUUUGUCGGGAUUUCUGGGCUCUGGCAAGACGACCUUGCUCAGUAACAUUCUCAAAUCGAAAGAUCACGGCCUAAAAUGCGCCGUGAUCGUCAACGACAUGGGAGCGCUCAAUAUCGAUGCGGCUCUGGUCAAGAAUCACAAAUUGACCAGGACAGACGAAAAAGUCGUCCAGAUGCAAAAUGGGUGCAUCUGCUGUACACUCCGAGCGGAUUUGCUGGAAGAGGUUGCGACUUUAGCAGAGCAGGGUGCUUUCGACUAUCUCUUGAUUGAGAGCUCCGGUAUAUCUGAGCCCAUACAGGUCGCCGAGACGUUUACGACUGAAUUUGCCGAGUCCAUUGACCCUACGACGUCCGUUCAAGAGAUUGCCGAAGCGCUAGUGGAUGACAAGGAGCCUGAUGCGACCCCGGAAAGCAAGAUGAAGCUUGCAAAACUCAUUGCAGACGGCGGAUUAAGCAAAGUGGCGAGACUGGACACUUGUGUCUCCGUCGUGGAUUGUACGACAUUUUUUGGAGAUUUUGAUACGACGGAUUUCCUCACGGAUCGACAUGAGGAUGUAGAUCCAGAAGAUGAGCGGAACAUUACGGAUCUGUUGACGGACCAGAUUGAAUUCGCCAAUGUCAUCCUGCUCAACAAGACUGAUGCCGUCCCGUCCAAAGAAGUGAACAAUGUCGAAGCACUCGUACGAAAGCUCAAUCCCGACGCUCGAAUCUUUCGAACGCAAUACUCAAGCGUACCUCUGCAGGAGAUUCUCAAUACGGGAACAUUUGACUUUGCCAAAGCGUCUUUUAGUGCCGGUUGGCUGCAGUCUUUGCGAGAUGCUUCUGAGUAUGUGGAGAAGGAUGGUAAGAAGAUGAUGAUCCCGAAGCCAGAGACGGAAGAGUACGGAAUCUCCUCGUUCGUGUUCUCGGCCCGACGACCUUUUCAUCCUAAGCGUCUUUGGGAAGUACUGGAGGAUUCAUUCUGUAUACUCCAAGGCAGUCCAGAUGAAGAUGACGAGGACGAGGAUGAGGAUGAGGAUGAGAUUGGAGGAGAUGCCGAUGCUGAAGAAUCUCAUGAGGAUGGAGACAUCGAGAUCGAUGGAGACAAAGAUGGACCCUCCGUCAAGGACACCAAAGCUCAAGUCCGAGCCAGAUUGCUGGAGGAAAAGGCCAAAAUGAAUCUACCCGCCAAAGUCGAGUCGAAACGAAAGUCCCCACUAUGGAAGGGAGUCUUACGCUCCAAAGGGUUCGUCUGGAUGGCCACGAGGCCAAGCGUCCAUGGAGAAUGGUCUCAAGCGGGUGUUAUGUUCACGUUGACGGGUGGUGGACCCUGGAUGUGCGAAGUGCCUGAAGAUGAAUGGCCUACGGACUCGGAUGAGAUAAAGGAACAGAUCAGGUCGGACUUUGAGGGCGAAUGGGGUGAUCGGCGACAAGAGAUCGUAUUCAUUGGACAAAGUAUAGACCAAACGGCUCUCGUUAAGGCACUCAAUGAUGCAUUGUUGGAUGACUCUGAGUGGAGAAUGUGGGAACGAACCAUGAAAUCCCGCCGUCCGAUGGAGAAGAAACUCGAGCGACUGUACGAUCUUUUUGACGAUGGCUGGGAGGACUGGCCGGAUAUGGCCGAAGAUGAUGAUGAGCAUGGCCAUGAUCACUCGCAUCACGUAGCGAAGAGGCAAAAGUCGGAAUGAUAGAUACUUGUGCCACCUUGUGCAUGCAACGCUACAUA